GCUCUCUUCACUCACACUCCUCCGGACCUGUGGCUUCUGAGCCCACAGCUGGUGUCUUGAUUUCUUGGUGCAUCGGGUUUGGUAACUCCCGGACGGGUAAACUCCCUCUCACCAAACCAUAAUUCUGUGUGACUGUUUGUUGUUGUGCCUGGAGUCACUGUUUGAAGAAGAGAAACCGGGAUGAGUCUGAUGAGUGGUGUUGUGGUGUGCCUCGCUGUGUUUGGGGCUGUGAGGCUCUGCAGCGUGUUGGCAGGGCUCAGGCUCUGCCUGGUCUGGAGAGCUUCCUGGAAGUUCGUGCAUGUCGCUCUGUGCACCAUCAAAAGAGACCUCAUGUGUCUGGCUGUUAUCCUGCGAGUGAGGUUCUCCAUGUACCGUAACCUGCGAAAUAGAAGCACCAUUCCUGCCCUGUUUGCCCAGGUGGUGGCAAAGCACCCAGACAAACCUGCUUUGAUCUAUGAGGCUACAGGAGAGGUUUGGAGUUUCAGGGAGCUGCAGGAGCGCUGCCAUGCUGUGGCUCACUGGGUGCUGGCGCAGGGAUGGGCUGAGGGAGAUGUGGUGGCCUUGUACAUGGAGAACCAGCCUCUGGUUGUGGCUCUGUGGUUGGGUCUGGCUGUGGUCGGCGUAGAGGCUGCGCUCAUCAACAACAACCUUCGACAGCAAUCACUGCUGCACUGUGUCAGUGUGUGUGGAGCUCGUGCAAUGGUGUUCGGGACAGAGAUGAGAGGAGCGGUGUCAGAGGUGAGCGGCUCUCUGCAGCCCGACAUGGCUUUGUUCAGCAGCGGCGAGCGGGACGAGGAGGAGGAGCUGUGCGGCCUCCGAGUUCAGAGGCUGGAGACCCUGCUGGACCGUUCGCCCAAACACCCACCACACUACACACCCAGGAAGGCAUUCAACGAUAGACUUUUCUACAUCUACACCUCUGGCACAACAGGAAUGCCAAAGGCAGCUGUCGUGGUGCACAGUCGGUAUUAUCGCAUCGCCUCCUUUGGUUUCCACUCCUUUGGCCUUUGUCAUGACGACAUCAUGUACAACUGCCUGCCUUUGUAUCAUUCUGCAGGUACCAUCAUGGGUGUAGGCCAGUGUUUGCUCUUUGGUUUGACUGUUGUGGUCAGGAGAAAGUUCUCAGCCAGUCGUUUCUGGGAUGAUUGUGUCAAACACAACUGCACUGUAAUUCUGUACAUAGGUGAGAUUUGCCGUUACCUGUUGGCCCAGCCAGUCUGUUCAUCUGAGGCCCAUCACCAGGUGCGCGUUGCUGUUGGUAACGGCCUCCGUCCCUCUGUGUGGGAAGAGUUUGUCCGGAGAUUCAGAAUACGACGAGUUGGGGAAUUUUAUGGCGCCACCGAAUGCAACUGCAGCCUUAUCAACAUAGAUGGAAAGGUGGGGGCAUGUGGCUUCAACAGUCGCAUACUGCCCAGCUUUUACCCCAUCAGACUGGUAAGGGUGCAGGAGAAGAACGGAGAGCUGCUCAGGGAUUCACAGGGACUCUGUGCACCCUGUCUGCCUGGUGAGCCAGGUAUGUUAGUGGGACGCAUCAACCACACUGAUCCGCUCAGGAGAUUCGAUGGCUACGUUGAUCAGGACUCCACCAAUCGGAAAAUAGCUCACAAUGUUUUCAAGAUGGGAGACUCUGCUUAUGUCUCAGGUGACGUGCUGGUGAUGGAUGAAUAUGGCUACAUUUAUUUUAGGGACCGCAUCGGCGACACGUUUCGCUGGCGAGGGGAGAACGUUUCCACCACAGAGGUGGAAGGAGUCCUCAGUGGCCUCCUGGGACACACAGAUGUCGCCGUCUAUGGAGUUUCUGUACCAGGUGUGGAGGGAAAGGCUGGCAUGGCAGCAGUAGCUCACACAGGAGGCCAGUUUGACCUGGAUGCGUUCUUGAUUGCUGUCCAGAAAGCGCUGCCUUCCUACGCACGCCCCGUCUUCCUCCGACUCAUGCCGUCUGUUGACACUACAGGUACCUUCAAAAUCCAGAAGACGCGUCUGCAGAGGGAAGGAUACAAGCCACAAGGCUCGAGUGAAAAGAUUUAUUUCCUGGAUGGUCGUGCCGGGCGUUAUGAGGCUGUCACUGAUGAGCUAUAUAGUGCCAUCAUGGAGGGGAGAGUGUGUCUAUGAGACAGGAGGAGGCUGAGAAGACACAGACUGCUGAAGAGGAUAGUGUGUAUAUUUCAAAGGGGAAAACAUUGCUGUUUUUUGCAAUUAAAUAGACUCAUUUAAAUAUUUCUUCAACCAAAUUUAAUGCAUUUUUUUCAUUUAUGUUACAUUUUGUCAAUGUUUUUCCAUACCUGUUUUAUAUAUUUUUAAUAAAAGAUAAAAGC